GGUCUUAGUUAAACGCAGGUGACUCGUAGCGUCUGGUUCAUUGUUCUGUAGAACUAGUUCAUCGUAAACAUGAGCGGAAGAGGCAAAGGAGGAAAGGGACUGGGCAAAGGAGGCGCCAAGCGUCACCGUAAAGUCCUCCGCGAUAACAUCCAGGGAAUCACCAAGCCCGCCAUCCGCCGUCUGGCUCGCCGCGGGGGAGUCAAGCGCAUCUCGGGCCUCAUCUACGAGGAGACCCGCGGUGUGUUGAAGGUCUUCCUGGAGAACGUCAUCCGUGACGCCGUCACCUACACCGAGCACGCUAAGAGGAAGACCGUCACAGCCAUGGAUGUGGUCUACGCUCUCAAGAGGCAGGGCCGCACUCUCUACGGCUUCGGAGGCUAGACUCACAUGUUUAAUUACAAUAAAAACCAAAGGCCCUUUUCAGGGCCGACCAAAUACUCCCCUCAAAGAGCUCAGUCCUAAAAUUAACAAAUCCCACUAAAACUCAAAUUAUUC